AUGAUGAUGAAUAACGAAGAAGACAAUGUGAUUCUCGGACGGGGCUUGUCUGCCCCGGACAUGAUCAAGGCAUCUCCCAGUCAACAUGGCGUCGCACUCAAGUUGCACGUACCAUUAAUUUUUGGCAUUCUUCCUACCUCCUUGAAACGACUGGUCAUGACCUACAGCUGUUUUUCGUGGCUCAUGCCACAAUGGCGGCAACGAUAUCUGAUACUGAUUGGUAACUAUCUCUACAAAUUCAAGGGAGAUUCUUCUCCGGCACCCAAAGGCACUCCUUUUUCGGUGGACAUGUUGGAGAACAAUCUGUUGUUGGCACAUCAAGAGGAUGACAUGUCGCCAGCAUUCGCCAAUCUGCCUCCUGGCUACGAUUCCAUUUUCACCGUAUCCACAUUUGGCAAGAAACACUAUUAUGCGGUCUCCAAUCGAGAUGAAGCACUGACGUGGGUCAACAGUCUGCGUCAAUCACGACAGGAAGCUAUUACAAGAGCCAUGGGUCACGCAGGACAUAUGCCGUAUCCAAAAUCCCAUGCUUACUUUGACACCCUUGGAAAAAGCUUGCAGAAAAGCAAAGAACGCAUCAAUCAAAAGUUGGAAGAGCACAGCAUGAGAGAAAUGGAGUUGACUGAUAUCUCGGGAGGGCCACGUGGAUUCUACGGAUAA